AUGUCUUGCGGAGGAAAUACUUUAUCAUGUUCACCUUGUUUCCCAUCACCUGUGGCUCAGUACCAGUUACCAUCUUGCCCAUCGUGUGUAUCUUAUCCAUGUGUUCCACCAAUUUGUGUUGCAUGCCCUCCACCAUGUAAAAUUACCAUAUGUACGCCACCAGUGCCGUGCGGACCUUGUCCACCGAAAUGUAUUCCAUAUUGUCCACCUGCAUGCGCUGCAAGAUGCCUAACAAGAGCUACAGCACGCUGCCUUUGUCAAUGA